UUUAUUUUUCUUUUUUUAUUCAGUAUGUAAAAAAUAAGGAAUACUUGAUGGAAUACUUCCAAAGUACCUUGGUAAAGUCUUGUGUCAAAGUUUUCUUGUGCACCAAUCCUGAAGAUUCUUUGGAAGAGAGAAGAGCUCUCAGGGAGGAUGUUUUCCCAAAAGUGAGGGAUUACUGCCGACGUACCCAUGGUUUGGAGUUCAGGGUAAUCGACCCAUACGAGGGGCUGGACCUGCAGGAUGUGUUGGACCCCAGGCAACAGCAGGUCCGGCUGCAGCUGCUAGAGGAUUGCAGGAAGACCUCUGCAGGGCCUUUCCUUGUGGCCCUGGUUGGGAGGCAGUAUGGCAACACAGGGCUGCCUGUGCAGGUGGAGGUCUCUGAGUUCCAGCAAGUUCUGCAAACUGGCCAGCAGAUGGGUAUGGACACCCAACUCCUGGAACACUGGUACGAGAGAGACGAGAAUGCCAUACCGCCUUCCUUCUGCCUCAUAGACCAUCCCCACCAUGAUCAGGAAAUGAGGACCAUUUUUCAUACCAUUGUGACAAGAUGCAUACGGGAAGGAAGUGUCACUUCAGAAAAGGCACAGAAAUAUUUCAGAUCAGCUCUUGAUAGAGAACUACACUUUGCACUGGAAAACCGUUCCAAGGAGGACAUCGCAAGAUGCCUUUGUUAUGUCUACAAGAUUACCAGGAAGUGGCACCAGAGGAAGUCCAUCACAGAUCUUAACGUGAACCCUAACUUGAAUGCCCCUUCCGAGGAUCCCCUGAGUAAUCUCCGUGACCACUUCCUGCCGGGCCUUGUGACUUCCUGUCAGCUCCAGGUGUAUACUACGAUGUCAGAAUAUGAGCUGCAUCCAGGUGACUCUCCUGAGAGGAGGAGGUGGUACACUGAAGGAUUGUGCCAGCAGCUCUACACAGAUCUGCUGAACCUUAUCAAGUGUACUGUUGCCAAGGAGAUGCAUCGAUUUGAAUGUGCACUCUCCCAGGAGCUUGUCCAGCAAGCCAACCUGUGCCAUAUCUACUCCAGUCUCUACAGAGUCAAGUGUAAAGAGGUCCAGCAUGUCCAAGACUAUCUGAAGCAGAAAAAGACAGAAUAUCCACUCAUCCUCUUUGGGGGGCCUUGUACAGGUAAAACUGUACUUCUGGCUCAUUGUGCCAGUCAGGUGCAUACUUGGUUGGAUGGAAGAGACCCUGUGAUGGUUGUUCAUUUUAUAAAUGGUGGCAAUACUAUGGAACAGCUUCUCAUCAGUGUAUGUACUCAGUUAGCUAUAAGCUAUGACCAGCCCCAGCAUCAGUUACCAUGGGACAUCAAUCUACUGAGAAAAGCUUUCACAAACCUCCUGAGCAUGGCCUCUUCAUCAUCACGACCCUUGGUCCUUAUCUUAGAUGGACUGGACCAGAUAGCAGGGGCUGAUGGACUUCAGAGUACCAGGUGGCUCCCAGUUUCCCUACCUGUUAAUGUCAAGCUCCUCAUUUCCACAGCACCAAGAAAAUCAGGCACUCUCCGGGCACUCAAAGCACUUUACCCACAGUCCUCUCUGUUCCUAGAGGUGAAGUCAAAGGAUGGAAGAGACUGCAGCAGGAUGCUAAAGGAUCUGCUAUUAUCUUGCAACAGGAGAAUAACCUCAGGACAGCAGAUGCAUGUCAACAAGGCCCUGAAAGAGUGUUCCCUCCCACUUUACGUUGAGCUCUUGCACAGGCAAGUGUGUAACUGGAACUCAUCACAGGACAUCACUGAGGAGUCCAUAACCAAUGGGGUCCAUGAUAACAUCAAGAUGUUUCUGGCUCAGCUUGAGGAGAAACAUGGAAAAGAGCUGGUCUCCAAGGCAAUGUGCUACCUCACCUUAGCCAAAUCAGGCAUCACAGAGGCUGAGUUAACUGACAUUCUAUCCUGUGAAAAUGAGGUGCUUUCUCAGUACCUCCCAGCAGAGGAAGUCCUACCCUACAGAUUGCGGGUUCCAGAGGCUAAGGUGGAGAAUAUGCUCCAUGCCCUGAGGGGGUUCCUAAUGAAGAGAAACAUCUCAGGUUUCCAAGUUCUCUUUUGGCCCUGCAGGCACUUCCCACUAGUAAUUCAUAAACUCUACCUGUCUUCUGCUGAAAUAGUCAGAGAGACGCACAACACACUGGCUAAUUAUUUCAGUGGUCAGUGGGCAUAUGGCAGGGCCAUGCCAAUGCUCAUCAGCCAAGAACAUGUCACACAAACUGAACAUCUGAGUACAUCUGGAGUUACCUGUAAAGCUUACAUCGAUAGGCAGAUUCCUGGGCAGCCCUGGGUCUUUGACUCCUCCUCUAAGCAGAUGGAUGUUAAUGUGAGGAAGCUUAUGGAAUUGCCCUUCCAUUUGAAAAAAAGCAGCAGGCUAGAGGAACUGGUCAGGGAAGUGAUGAUGUCACCUGGGUUUCAUCAAGGUAUGCUGAGGGUUGGUCACCUUGAUGAUUUGGUAAGUGACCUCAAAGAGACCUCUAAAGUCAUGUCCAGCAGGGAGCUUGGGUUCCUUGCCAGAAUUGUACAAGAUGCAGCUUGCAUGCUCCGUGACUCCCCCAGUGGUCUGACAACAGUGAUGCAGGCUAAGCUCUUCCCAUUCCUGAAUGUUUUGCCAGAGCUAGAGAGCUAUGCAAAGCAGAUCUACCAGGAAGGAGUCAGAACCCAGGGUGUGAAUGUGUUGUGGUCCCCUGUUUCACCAGUGCUCUCCACUUGCUGGACACCACCAUUUGCAACCCCCAUCAUGGAGGUGUUGGACACACAAUGUGACAUGUUGGUCAUGAUCCUUCAUGACAGUUCCAUCUGGGUAUGGAAUGAAAAUUUUGUAGGGGGGUAUACACCCUUUCAUUUGUCUGAUUUGAGCAUUUCAAACAUCACAAGUGAAGGUAAUUUUCUCCUGUUGUCUACAAAAUGUGGGAGGAUCCUCUUGUAUCAUCUGAAAGAACCCUUGAAUAUUUGCGAAUUAGACACGGAUGGGUCUGUCCCCAGUUCGCCCACAGACCCAGACUUCACACCUGGUGGUUUCUUAGUCACAGAGAACUGGAUCAUUUUGAGGUACAAAUGUAAGACUUACAUUCAAAUCUUUGACAUAAACACGGGUAUAAAACUUAUGGAACUGCACUGCCACCACAAUGUGACAUGCAUGUCAUACUCUUAUGAAGGACAGUUCCUUUUAUGUGGGCAAGACAAAGGCACAGUCUCUAUAUUUGACCUCCAAGAUAACAUCCAUCUUUGUACUUGUACCGGAUCCAUGGAAACAUCCAUCAUGAAUGUGCUUUGUUGUGAGGAAAAGCAUUUGAUGGUGUGUGUGGACAAAACUGGAAAUGUGUUUGUGUGGAACAUAAGCCCCAUCACAAAACCCAAACUCACAAAAGAAUUAUCUAGCACCAAUGACCAAGAAGAGGUCUUAAACACUGAGCACUCAGUGGAGAACAGCACCUUCCUGGUCUGUAAGAGACACCAGAUUGUGCUCUGGGAUACUCACAAGUGGACAGUAGAUGACCAGUUCAAGGCACCUCAGGAGAAAACAUUUAUCCAAGCUGUGCUGUCCAAAGAGGGACUCCUUAUCAUUGCUUGUCUUGAUAACUGCCCUUUCUUGCUUGUGUGGAAAAGGACCACUGGUCAGUGUGUUUUGAGUCUGAAUAUUGGAGACUCCAAAGCCGUCAAACUUCUCAAAAUGGGGCAAACCUUGUUGGCUGUAUCUGCGAAUGGAAUUAUCAGCACCUGGGACAUGGAUUUUAUUUGGUCUGCCUCUGUGAUCUCAAAAACAGGAGUAAAGGUGGAAAAGUUGGUAAUGGAAUCUACAGGGGAACAUUUCUACACAAUAGAUGGCACUGAGCUGGUAUGGAAGUGGCACACGUUUAGCAACAAGGCUGAGGGCCGCUUCCUUCAUAAUGGUCCAGUGGACACUUUCACUCUCUCCAUGGACUGCAAGCAGCUGGUCGCUGCAUCCUCUGGGGACAUUUACGUUUGGCAGACAGCCACAGGGGAAAACCUUCACCGUAUCCAUCGCAGUCAUGCAUCUACCUUGCUGAUCACCCCCAAGGGCAACUUGGCUGUGUCCCUCUGCCAGCAUGAUCUUUCUACUGUGUGGAACCUGAAGAGCGGGCAUGUGGUGUGCAAUGUUAACCUGCAUCUAAAGAAUGCUGUCAUCUCCCCUGAAAGCACAUUCAUCCUUGGCCUACACAAUUCCGACCUUCUGGCAGUCAGCCUGUGGUCAGGGUAUGUUAGCAAAAGGUUCUCCUGCUCUGGCCUAGCUAAAGUCAUUGCCUUCCAGCCUCUACUGGAUUAUCCAGACUAUGUUGUCUUGAUCACCAUAUCUGGGAAUCUGUAUACCUGGAAGGUCACAGAAGAAACUGUGUGUAAACACGUUAAUUUACCUGGUGCUCCCCUGAUAAAGCCAGAGCUGUUUCAGCUCUCUUCUGAUGGACACUAUGCUCUUCUAUCCAUAGCGGGAGCCACCAUCAACAUCUUAGACACCAUUAAUGGAAAACUGUGCUCCUUGCAGGCAGAAGGGGACAUUCUGAUGGUUUGCUUAGACAUGGCUGGACGCUAUGUUCUCUUCAUUUCUAAUGCUGAAAACCCUGAUGACUGCAACUGUGACCUCCACUCCCAGCCAGUUCUGAGCGCUGUACGCAUUGCCACUGGCAAGACUGUGGGCAGUUUUUACCUUUGCAAAGUCCCCUCUACUCUGAGCCUGUCUGAAAAUCUCUGUGCAUAUGUUGGCUUUGUGGAUGGAUCUGUGGGGGUCUAUGCCAUUUCAGAUGCAGCAGAGAGCAGUUUGAUGGUUGGAAAAUGCCUACGUUCAAUUGGACAGAAGCCACAUUUUUGUGAGGAGCCCCAUUGCUGGUUGCCUCUGGAAAAACCCAAUAUCACCUGGAUUGAUCCUCAUUUUGAAUGAGAUGAGAAAUUAAAUAAUGUACACCUAAUGCAAUGGGGUACUGUACGAAAAUGCACUCUUCCAGGAUUGAGGUCCAAUCAGGCCAUGGACAAUAACUCAUGGACAAGAUCUCUCUGAAUGAGAUAUGGAGACAGGACUUAAGCAAUGAUGCAGAUAUAUUAAAC